UUAGAUGCCAUAUCUAACUAUUUGUCCUCUUUUUUUUUUUUUUUUUUUUCUCUCUCUCAAAACAUUCAUGUUCUGUACUGCUGUCAAUGUCAGUGAUCUCACAAUACCUGCCUAUUGCUUUAGUAUUGCAAUCUGUCCACAAAUGGACUGGAUUAUGGUCGUCAAAUCUGAGAGAUGCAAUGGAAAAAAGGAGGGAAAGCCCAAACCAAUUCCUCCUGGUGAGGCAACUGCAGCUUCAGAUAAGGUGAUGAAUGCAACCGCCUCUCCUGUUAAGUCCAUUGCACCUGGAGUUUCUCCCGGAAUGACCACCGCAUUGGAGCUUAGGAACCCCCCCAGUCCUACCAGUGUUCCUCAACCUUGUUCUAUUUUGCCUCCUGAAGUUUGGAUGCAGAAUGAACGGGAAAUGAAGCGGGAGAGGAGGAAACAGUCUAAUCGAGAAUCGGCUAGAAGAUCAAGGUUGAGGAAACAGGCUGAGACUGAAGAACUUGCACGCAAGGUUGAAUCCCUGAAUACUGAGAACAGGGCACUCAUAUCUGAAAUAAAUCAAAUGACAGAGAAAUCAGAGAAACUUAGACUAGAAAAUACUACGUUAGCGGAGAAACUGAAAAAUGCUCAAUUAGGACACACAAAAGACAUCAUUUUGAAGAAUGUCGAUGAUCAGACAAGGGCUCCACCUGUUAGCACAGAGAAUCUGCUCUCUAGGGUUUCCAAUUCAGGCUCUGUUGAUGAAAACAUCAAUGAAGAGGGUGAGAUGUAUGAUAAGAACUCCAACUCAGGUAACAAGUUGCAUCAACUCCUGGAUGCGAGUCCCAGGGCUGAUGCGGUUGCUGCUGGCUGAUUAAGAAACUAGUUUAAUUAAGGUAUUCUUUUAUGUUGAAUUUUAAGGUAAUGAUGUAGCUUUUGGCAUAAUCUGAAAAGCCCAUAACUACUGCUGACCACUGGCAGGGGGACGGAUGGUUUUUUAGGAAUCAAAACUGUCCGUUGGACCCUUUUACUUGUAAUUUAGCUCCUGUCAGUGCAGGACUGAUGUAUUUUAUUUGUAGACGGAGUGGUGAGACUGGACCUUGAAACUUGAAAGGUUAUGUAUAUUAAUGAUGAUUUUAGAGAUUAGGAAAGGUCUUGGGAACCUUGAUUUUGUAAUUUGAUGUUUGUGCAAUUUUAUUAACUGGAGAUUUGGACU